AUUGUUAUAGGUUACUUCGAUCUAUUCUAGACACCAUUUGCAUUUUGCUUUUGUGUGUCGGUCACUCAGUCUACCCGCCUCAUGUACUCAUAACUACCUUUAAAUUAUUGAACAUUGACAUACAUGUACAUGCAGUAUUUUGUAAUUUUUACGAGUGUCUGUCUGAUCUGUAUGUUGGUCCUCACGUUCCACACCAGAACGAACCCACAUAUCUAAAAGGUAAUCCCGUCUGAGUUUAUCAACCGUUAUCAAUACAUUACGUGACUGAGAUAAAAGUAUUUAAUAGAGAAGAAAGGUAAUCGGCACCUGUGUCAUUUAGCCAAAAUGCUGAGGGUAGCAAUAGUCUGGUUAGCAGCUUUGUGCUGCCUAGUAGUUGCCGAUCAUCAUUCGAGAUCUACAUGCAACUGUAACUUAGCAAGUGAUCGAAGCAAGGGUAACCCAGCCGUACUUGAUCAGAAUCUAAGCCAGCAAGAUGUGGCGAUUUCAAGCUUGGAAGCAAGAUACAGAGCAGUUAUAGAGCAAUAUGAAGAAAGUUUACAAAGACUAUCAAAGGCGAAAAGUGUAACCGAGCAACUUGCCGAUGAUGUCAACAGAUUCUCCCCAAGCCCAUGCAAUCGAGAGGCUGGUGAGGUCCGAUGCUUGAGCUCUGGCGAAUGCAUCAGUUCGUUGUUGGUUGCUGAUGGAGUUGAAGAUUGCCUUGACGGUACAGAUGAAUCUGAAGAAGUUACUAAGGUUCCAUUCAAAGUCGGAGAUUCAUUCACCGGUGAAUUACUCGCUGGUCACAACUGUUUUGAAGAGGGCUAUCCAAGUACUGUAAAGGCAUACAUAAGAAGAAUUACGUUUAAAGAUUACUUUAACCAACCAGACGUUGAGACACGUAUUACCUAUGAUGUCAGACAAAAUGACGGAAGUACAACCGAGAGAGCCUUCAACCUUAACGGCUAUUACAACACUGGAAACGGAAAACUUUACCAACUUUCAGCUGAUGAAGAUUAUAAUUUUGGCUUCAACGCUCAGUUUGGAUAUUUCAAAGCUGCAAAGAACCCAACAGUGUUCUUCCUUGGUGAAAUUAAAAAGGUCCUGUAUCUGGUCACGGAGUAACGAGAGAAACAAAACAGAGAAUCUUACCAUUUAAGGACAUUAUUGUAUAAAUGUAAAAAGUGUAUUUUUGUAAAUAAUAUGAAAUACUGUAAAUAUGUACAUAUGUAUGUAUAUAUGGCACACUUGGACUGUACGUGUUAUUUUAGAACAUACUAAAAUAUUUUCAAAAUAAAUGGACAUGAUAUUGAAUCACUGAAACCAGCUUAGUAUACGUUAAUUAUACGUAAACGUAAACGUUAAUUUAUAUAUAAAAGGUGUCACAGGACAAUAUCAUUUUAUGAAUAAAAUAUACCUUGGGGAACAAGUCCUAUUGUAGUUAUAGGGGCACCAUAACUUCUCCCAUUGAAACACCAGAGUGCCCAAGCGAAUUGAAAUCAACGGAUCGAAAUAACAAUUUAAGCUAGUCCACAUCAAAUAUACCCCGGCAAAGGGCCACCUGUCCAAUUCUUUGUCAUUCCAAUGUUCUUUGAGCUUCCUGUGAAAUCAUUAGUGAAGACAAUUCAAAUCAUUCGUUAAAACAUAUGAUGCCAACAAUGAGAAAACCGAACCGAUACAAUGGACACAUUAUCAAAAGAAACAACACAAUUAUAUACACAAUUAAAAUGGAAAAAAUGAGAGGCACUUUUGGAACGUCUGCAUCAAAACAGUUAGAAUGUCAAAGGGGAUCGCUAAGUAUAAGAGUCAUAUCCAGAUUUACGCAUCGGUUCAUCACAAUUCUAGGUUAGCUGAAAAUCUAAACUUGACAAAAAUAAUAUAAAUUGCACAGACAACCUUGUUACCUUUAGCCCUAUUUACAU